UGAAUUUCUCAUACUUCACAUUGAGGUUAGGAAUCACACACAUUAUUUUGUUCUGCUUUGUGUCCACUUUGAUUUUAGAACUUUUUGAAUGGAACGGUUUUAAGAAUUUGGAAGUCCGAUCGUCUAUCUCCUACUGAGAAAAAUGGCUUCCUGCUUAAGUCGUUUGUGUCUUACUUCUCGGUUGGGAGGCAAGACCAUGAGGACUAUUGGUUGUAGAGGACUUAAUACGAGCCACAUUUCAAUGAUGCCAAAAUCAUCGAGUAGUGAAUCAACAACUGACAAUUCUGUUGAAAAAGAAAGUUCCAAAAAAAGGGGAAAGUCAACACAAGUGCCUAGCUAUGAACAAGGAAAGGUCUCAAGAUCUGGUGUGGAGCUAAGAUUUAAAUAUCCAGAAAUGUUUCCUGAGCCACAUAUGAUUUGGCGAAACCCAAUCAAAGAGAAGUUGGAACGAAAAGAUAUGUUGGCAAGGCGAAGCCGAAUUUAUAUUCCUGAAUUUUAUGUUGGGUCUGUCUUGAGAGUUUCUCUCUCCAAUUUUCAUCAGGCUGACAAGACAUCAACAUUUGUUGGGAUUUGCAUUCAAAGAAAUGAAUGUGGUCUGAAAGCCAAUUUUAUUCUUCGAAAUGUUAUUGAUAAUCUAGGAGUCGAGGUAAAAAUUGAAUUGUAUGACCCAAGGCUUCUUAAAAUAGAAGUGCUACGCCUUGAAAAGCGAUUAGAUACCCAUCUACGUUAUUUGAGGGAUGCCCCUCAUGAAUUCAGCACUUUCCCUCUUGACAUGAAACCUGAGAUAAGAAGAACUGAUGAUGUGCCUCUAAAUCGUAUCAAGGUGAAACUGAAUCCUCGGCCGUGGACUGAAAACUGGUACAAGUAUGAUUUCAAAGGUAUUGAUAAUAUUGAGGAUCAAAUAACAAACAAAAUGAAUAGGAGACGUAUUCAACUUCGCAAACCAUGGGAAAAAUAUGACAUGAUGAAGACUUACAGGGAAACAUUACCCGAGGAGGAAAUCAAUGAAAUUUUGUCUGAGAUAAAAGAGGAUGUGGAGGAACAUGAACAGAAGCACAGAAGACGAAUCAAUUAAAACAAUCGGCAGUAUGCCAUAGCCUAUGGUUUUCUUUGUACAAUAUUCUUUGUUUAAUUAAAGUAGAAGCUUUGUUCAAAACUA